CGGUUGCAAUUCCUAAACUUCACAUUUAAUUGGCUUUAAUCCGACGCUAAUUUAGUUUCUUCAGUCCCAAAAUUCACAACCAGAGACCACUAAUUGACUUUCAACAGUCACAAACUCUUCCACCAUUUUUUUCUUUGCUUUUUCCGCCAUGAAUGUGAAGAUCAGAGACCACCAAUUGACUUUCAACAGUCACAAACUCUACGAUGUCUUUAUAAACGAUAAAGAAAUCGAAACCCUCGUCACUCGUGAUCCCGCCAAGGUAUGUUCAUGGAUCGACAACACCGAAGCCUCCAACCAGUCCCGUCUCCACCGCUUAAUCGUCGGAAUCGACAUUGAAUGGCGCCCCGGACAAAACCCCGUCGCAACACUCCAACUCUGCGUCGGAAAAUCAUGUCUGAUCUACCAAAUCAUCCACGCCCCCAGUAUCCCCUGGCGAUUCCGAAAUUUCCUCAAUAACGACGAUUAUAGGUUUGUUGGAGUUGGUAUUGAGGAAGAUGCGAAGAAAUUGUUGAAUGAUUACGGAAUUGAAGUGUCGAAUAAGGUGGAUCUACGGGAGUGGGCGGCGGAAGAACUUGAGAAUGAGAAUCUUCGGCGUUUUGGGCUUAAGAAGUUGGUGAAGCAAAUUGUUGGAAUUGAGAUUUACAAGCCGAAGUGUGUGACAUUGAGUGCUUGGGAUGAACGUUGGCUUAGCCUUGAUCAGAUAUGUUAUGCUUGCCUUGAUGCUUAUCUUUCUUUUGAAGUUGGGAGGCUUUUGAGUUGUUGGUAUAAUUAAAUAUAUUAUGUUUAUAUGAUCGUAGAUUAUUCGGUAACUUCUUUGGAAUGUGCGUAGCGGGAGCUUUAGUGCACCGGACUGAGCUUUUAUGAUGGUAGAUUAUUAAUGUAUGCAUUUGGUUAUAGCGAAUGUUUCUUUUGCUAACUAUGUCAUUGUGGAUUAUUAAUGUGUGGAUUCCGUUAUCGUGAAUGUUUCUUUUACUAAAUGUGACUGCUUAUAUUUUUUGUCGA